AUGUCGUCCAGUAACAUCAGAAAACGCGAACCUUCAAACGCACCCGUUGAGAAAACUGCCAAACAGCAGAAAAUUGAAGUACAACGAAAGAAACAUGAAGAAAAGAUGGUGGAAUACGAGCGCAUCGACGCAUUGUAUAACGUCAAAGAUGAGGAGAUGAUAUCGGCCCUCAACUACACCAUCAUCACAGAAGGCGAGGGCCGAGCCGUCAGUGAGAGUGAUCAAGUUCGAUUACAUCACACUGCUAGAACCGACAACAGCGGUGUACUCGAUGACCAAGUCAUCAAGUUCCAAGUUGGCGUCGGUAAAGUUCACACCGAGUUGCAAUUAUCGACGAUUGGAAUGAAGAAGCACGGAAAACGUGUAGUGGCCGUCAAUUCGGCGUUCACACUACCCCAAAAGACAAUCUUCGAGAUUGAACUGCUGGCCAUUUUGUAA